CGGCUCGCUGCAGUGCUGUUAUGAACUGAAAUACUUCUGAAAGACAGCCCACUGUAUACACCGCUAGGGCGUCAGAUUAUCAACAAUCUUAAUGUAAAAGUGUCCUCUAAGAGCACUUGUAAAUCAUGUAUUGACUUUUGUGUUUUUGAAGCUUAUCUUCGUUCGGUCUCACCGGUGAUUCGUAAAUAACAGGAUUUUUAGAAAUGUCCUGUAUGGUUAACCAUUUUUAUUGGAAACUGAAAAUUCAUCUUUUGUUGCCGAUUUUCAGAAACUUCCGGUAGUAUUUAAGUAAUCUUAAAACAACCAAUGAAGUCAAAGCGGGUGUUACUAUUGCGGUGAUGGGGCUUCUUAAUGACAAAGAAAAUACAUAUUUGUUAAAUACGACGUCGAACUAAUAUAAACUAUGCAGGGUGUUUUAUCCAUUACUCUUGUCUGCAAUGAGAAGAACUGGAGAAAAUGAAUAAGUGAGAAUGCAGAAAGCUCAUCGUCUCCAUGGUCUCAUGAAUAAAUUAUGGUUGGGCAUUGUGCAACAGAAGGCGGUAUCUUCAGAGGCUAGGCGAGCCGGGCGGGGAGUGUGGAGGAGUGCGCGGAGCCCCGAUCCGCUCCGGCAGCGCAGUGCUGACUGCGCCCUACACGUCCGGGGAGCUCCAGUGCGCACCAGCCGGACCAGUCCGGAUUUGCGAUCUCUUUUUUUAACGUUCAAAGCUAGACGUGGUGCCGUACGCUGCUCAUCUUAAACCGUAUUAUCUGGUACCUUCGCUAUGGAAAGCAAAAGUUUGCUGGUCAGGGUAAACGGCGGUGACAGAUAGCUGAUAGAAAGUGAGCGCACUAACUUGUGGGCGAGCGGCGGUAAAUAUAUAAAGCUCUAUCUGAUAUAGAUGUGCAAGAAAAAGUUUUUGUCUUUAUAAGACUGGUGCACCAUUUUUCGAAGUAUCUGGACGUGACUGGUGUGUUUCGUCGCGGACUACAGCGACAGCGGGAUCAGCGGAUCGACCUCGGGCAGUUCCGAGCCGGAGCAAAGCUCGGUACCGCUGGUCUCCACGGCGACCCUUAUCCCAGCUGAUUCCCAGAAGUUUCCGGCAAGGCUCCUUGCUGGCUUGAGGAGUUCCGGGGUUUUCCACUGACCCCCAGACCCCUCCAAUGAACCCCGCCAACUCCAUGAAACCUGGCCUGCCUCUGACGCCACACAGUGACAGUUCCUACCCGUAUGAACCCGUCUCCUGGCAGCAAGGCACCAAUCAGCCCGCAGGCUCCCUCUCCGUGGUAACCACCGUGUGGGGGGUGACCAAUCCAUCGCCCAGCCAGGUCCUCGGGGGUAGCUCUGCGGGAGGCCCCAUGAUGCCCGGCGGCAGCCCCGGGAUGAGCUCCCCGCAGUUCAUGGGCCAGCAGGGCUACAUGCAGCAGGGGUUGUACGGCCGCCCGCCCGCGGGCUAUCCAGUGGGCCCCAGUUAUGGGGGCAGCUACCCCCACAGUGGAGGGGCAUCCCUCGGCAUGCCCCCUCAUGGUGCCCGGCCCUCUGCCGACUUUACCCAGGCUGCCGCUGCUGCCGCAGUGGCUGCUGCCGCUGCCACGGCGACCGCCACCGCCACGGCAACAGUCGCUGCCAUCCAGGAGAAGCAGAACCAGGAACUUGGUUAUGGCCAGAUGGGCGCUACGUCUCCUUACAACAGCCAGUUCCUUCCUCAUGGUGCCCCCAGAGGUCCUCCCAGCAUGGCCGCCUCGGGAAUGGUGCCGGCCCGGCCCUCGUCCAUGGGACCCAUGUACGUGGCACAGGGCCAGCGGCUUCCGCAGCACCCGGGCUUCCAUGGGGGACAGCAGGGCCCCCCCCGGCCACAGCAGGGGCUUAAGCGGCCCUUCGGUUCCGAGGGCUUUCCGGGACAGCAGUACAGCCCCGGAUUGGCCAGCACCGGCCCGUACCCUGGGCAUCCCAUGCAGUACCACAGCCCCGGGCCCCAGCGCUCUGCCCCCUCUCCUUCCUAUCCCAGCCACAGGAUGCCCCUCCAGCAGGCGAACGUGGGCCAGUUACCGCCCGUGUCUGCCAGCCUGGGCCAGUACUACAAGGGGGAGCAGUUCAACGGGCAGACUAUAGCUGCAAUGCCAGCAGGGGGCCCUGGGGGUCCGGGGUACAGCGCCUUCAACCAGGCCUCCGUCAAUGGGCCGGGACGCAGCAUGCCGGGGUACCCCAGCUCUCCUCUCCCCGGGAACCCAACCCCCCCCAUGACCCCGGGAAGCUCCGUGCCCCCCUAUAUGUCCCCAAGCCACGACGUCAAAUCGCCCUUCCUGCCUGAUAUCAAGCCCAACAUGAAUUCGCUUCCGCCGCCCCCUACAGCAGGGAACCCCAGCGACGAGCUGCGGCUGACCUUCCCGGUGCGGGAUGGGGUGGUGCUGGAGCCCUUCCGCUUGGAGCACAACCUGGCCGUCAGCAACCACGUGUUCCAGCUGCGCGACUCCGUGUACAAGACCCUCAUGAUUAGGCCCGACCUGGAGCUGCAGUUUAAAUGCUACCACCAUGAAGACCGUCAGAUGAACACCAACUGGCCAGCCUCGGUGCAGGUCAGCGUAAACGCCACGCCCCUCACCAUCGAGCGAGGCGACAACAAGACGUCCCACAAGCCCCUGUACCUGAAGCACGUCUGCCAGCCAGGCCGGAACACCAUCCAGAUCACGGUCACCGCCUGCUGCUGCUCUCACCUCUUCGUGCUGCAGCUGGUGCACAGGCCCACGGUUCGCUCUGUGCUGCAGGGCCUCAUGAAGAAGCGCCUACUGCCUGCAGAGCACUGUGUCACCAAGAUAAAGAAGAACUUCAGCAGCGGCACCAUACCAGGGACCCCUGGGCUCAACGGGGAGGACGGAGUGGAGCAGACCGCUAUCAGGGUGUCCCUCAAGUGUCCCAUCACUUUCCGGCGCAUCCAGCUCCCGGCACGGGGUCACGACUGCCGCCACAUACAGUGCUUCGACCUAGAGUCCUACCUGCAGCUCAACUGCGAGAGGGGGACCUGGCGCUGUCCAGUCUGCAAUAAAACGGCUCUUCUGGAGGGUCUGGAAGUGGACCAGUACAUACUGGGAAUCCUUGUCUACAUUCAGAACUCUGAGUAUGAGGAGAUCACCAUCGACCCAGUAUGCAGCUGGAAGCCGGUACCGAUAAAACCCGACCUGCACCUCAAGGAGGAGCCGGAUGGUCCGGUGCUGAAGCGCUGCCGCACACUGAGCCCCAGUCACAUGAUCCUGCCCAGUGUUAUGGAAAUGAUUGCGUCACUAGGGCCUGCCCCUUCUCCUUACCCGUCGUUGCCACCGGGUGGCAGCAGCAACACACCUGACUACACCAGCCAGGGACCUGGUUAUUCGAGCCAGUCUGAAUUCACAGAUUUCCCCAGCGCCCCCAGCGCCCCAAGCAUUGGCGAAUUUGCUGCCGGGCCGCCCCCCACCUCGUACCAGGCUGACCCGCCCAGCGGGCUCCUCACUCCCGACAAGGGGCACCCCAUGCCCACACAGGUGUCCCAUUCUGGUCGCAUGGAGGCUUCCCACAAUCCCCUUCCUCAGCAACAGCCACAGCACCAGGGUCUCCAUGGUAAUUUGCACCUCGGAGGUUCAGGAGCCCCGAUGCCGCCCCGUGGUUCUUCCCAGAAUUCCCGGCUGCACACAGAAGGCUCAUUUGGCCUUGGGGGCCCUACUGACGUUCCUGAAUCUUCUCUGGAUUUGCUUCCAGAACUGACAAACCCAGAUGAGCUCCUUUCUUACCUUGGCCCCCCCGACCUGCCCAGUAACAACAACGACGACUUGCUUUCUCUGUUCGAGAAUAACUGAGCUCAUCCCCGGUGUGUCCCCCUGAAAUACUCUGCAGGAUCACGGCCUCUUUGUGUCCUGAGAGCUCCAUGGCCCAAUGGAUGUGGGGGGGGGGGAGCUUCUUGUAAACCAUCAUCAACCCCCCGCUCCCCAUCGCCUUAAACUGGAAAUGGCGGCCAGCCUGGGAGGCAUUGAAGAAUCCAUUAAAGUGAUGUUUGGCUUUGUUUGAUGGCAUUUGAACUAUGUAACAGAUUUUAUGGUUUUAUAUUCCUAAGCUAUAAACUCUGUUCCCUCCCUUG